AUGGCGACAGCAGCUGUGGCAGUGACUUCCUCCGGCAAAGAUGUUAUAGCCGAGGGGUUGCUCGACCUCCUGAGACCGGCUGUUCAGCAGCUCGACCUGCACGUGCACUCAGUCAGAGAAAGCCAGGUAGAAUUAAGAGAACACAUAGACAAUCUGGCCACAGAGUUGUGCCGGAUAAAUGAACAUCAGAAGGUGGCUCUAGACCUGGACCCUUAUGUUAAGAAGCUGCUGAAUGCAAGACGUAGAGUUGUGCUAGUAAACAACAUCCUGCAGAAUGCUCAGGAACGUCUGAGACGACUCAACCACAAUGUGGCCAAGGAGACAGCUCGAAGAAAGACCAUGCUGGAGGCUUCAGGAGUGUUCAGCUCCCGCUCCCCCAGUAAACCCUGAACCUCCUCUUCCUGCUCGGUGAACUGUCCUGACACAUCAAUACUGGAAACUGUAACUGGAGGAGCACAAUUCUUCCUUUGACAUUUAGUUAGCUGUUUGUCUAGUGACAGGCUCGCCUGCACUGUUUUCUCUGAUGUUGUAUUCGAAAAUAAAAAUCCUGACUGCAACCUGAUCAGCGUUAGACAGCUGAAAAAGACAAAAUACAACAGAAUCAGCUUUACAGUUUCACCAGAUCAUACAUUUAUUCUACACAUUAGAAAAAACUACUUAAUCCCACAAGCAUGAUUCUAAAAAGACCGCAACUUUAAUGUCACUCAGAAUGCAGGAUAGAUGACAACGCUUACUGGCGGGUAAAACUGUGGACCAAAACAACAGAUCCUUGUUUUGCUGCUGGAAAGUUUGUUUUUUUAAAGUUCAGCUAACCUGAACUGGUAGGGGUUUAAAAUGCAUAACAUGUUGUGUCAAAGUGAACACCACAGCAACAUCAUGUAGCACGUUCAUGAAUAUAUUAAGAAGGCUAUAGUGCAUACAUGAGUGCACUGGUUUACCAGUGGGGUUGGGUCAGAUUACUUUGAAAUUUAGCCGGGACCUCAAUAGAAUUACACUAUUAAAUAAAUGCAAUCUAAUCUGAGUACGUUUUGUAUUACUUAAAAAUCUUUUUUCAAAAACAUUGAAAAUGUUGCACUUUUAUAUAAAAAAAAAUGGACAAAGUCACACAAAUGUUUCCAUCAUUUUUUUGGGUUUGUUUAAACAUCUCAAAACUAUAACACUGCAAAUAAAAUGCAUUUAACAUGUUUAGCAUUUACUAUUGGUAAAAUAAGCGUCACUAAAAGAGUACUGGAACAAACUACAGGUGUAUUGCUAGUAUUCUACAACACGUUUCCUUUGUCUAAGUUGUUGUUGCCGCUUUUUUCCUAAAUCAAGGGCCACAUGGAAGACGCAAGGGGGAGCACUCAAAAUGAUCAUCAUCCAUUUUUAAUGUAAAAAAAAAAAGGUAUAGAAACUACAUCAUCCAUAAAUCGACAUUAAAAACCAAAUAUUAAUUAAAGCUACU